UCGUUCAGCUCAAGAGAAACCGAAAAGAGGAAAAAGACUAUCCACCGGUUGGAAAAAACAAAAAGUCAUUCUGCAAGUAGCGUUCACGAUGAUUGCUUUUUUGCUACUUUUGGCUUCUGCCUUUUCUCUGAGUCACUCGGUGGAUACAAACUCUGUACCUUGCAUGCCAGCGAAAUACAACAACGCUCAUAAUGUUUUCCUCAAGCGCCAUAUUCCUGAGGGGGUGCCAAAUACGUGGGACCAGAAUGCUUGGGAAACUUUCCUGCGUAAUAUUCGCACAUGUAACAGGCCGACCCAGUCGUUCUUCCGUGCCAGUGAGAAACAGCGGGUGGAUAAUGUGUGUACUAAAGCUGGCGGGAAGACCCUGUCUAGAAACCUGUGCAUUAGCAAAGAGAAAUUCUCCUUCGUAACGGUGCGGAUCGAUGUCACUGUUGGAGCGUGUGGGAUCAAAAGCAUGCACAAUGAAACGAAGCACAUCGUCCUCGCGUGUGAAGAGAUUGGAGACUUCUGUCAACCGGUCCAUUUCGAGGGCAACCCAGAAAACGCAACGCCGAGCAAUAACAAGCCGGACUGUGGGGCUAAAGGGAGCUCGGGGCCUAAAACUACCGUGUUAAACGUGCUCAUGUUGAUGUUGACUUUGUUAGUCUUGAUUUACAUUUUGUGAGACUCAAAGCUAUUAUUGCCAGCUCUGUAUGCUAUAUAGACCUCUCAAAAUGCAUGCAUUUCAUUGUUGUGUUUACAUUUGUUUGUUAUAAUCAAACUCAUUUUAAAUCAUGUUAGAUAAGUUAUGGUGUCAAUAAUUUGCAUAAAAAUGGCAUCAAUUAAACAUUUUAAAAUUGACUUAUUCUGGCAAGCUGUUAAAAGUCUGAAGAAAUGCUUCAGAAGACUAAUAAUUGCAGUAAUAAAUGGAAAGAUGUGCUUAAACUAUUAUUCUUGAUCUAAUCCUCAAAUCUUUGUCUAUGUAACCAAAUGUAUUCGGUUUGAUUUAGUCAUAUUAAGUAAUAUUUUUAAUUUGAAUAAAGCCAGUUAAUUUAGAUAUUACCACAUGAGGCACAUUUGUUUAGGUUACCUGAAAAAACACUUUUUAGAGAGCAAAUUGAGACCAUGGCCAUGCCUCUCAGUAACUAUACUCAGGGCUGUAGCAUGGAAUUCUAGACUCCAUGACUAUAUAUUGAUCUUGGCCCCUUUCAUAUUGAAAAAUACAGUUUACAAUAUGUUGUGGGCCCCUAGAAUCUUUACCACCUUUCACCCCAUUAGAUAUGGCUCAUACUGUGUGGCUUUGUGUCAUAAGUCCAAUUAUACUAAUUAAUGUUUUCAUUCGCAGUGAUUUGAUAGGUUGGUUUCAACAUCAAAACUGUUACGUUACAUUAAACCUGGCCUCCAAACUAAUUUUCCAAAAUCAUAUUUUUGUUAACAGAUGAAUGCAAUAAAAACCAC